AGGUAAAACGAAAUCUAUGGCGUCACUGAAUGCAACUAAUGGUGUCCACCUCAGUAGAACAUGGAUUGAUGAGAUCCUCGUUUCAUGUAGAAGCCAGAUAUUGGCUGGCGAUCAGUCUUAGAUAGCUAAGGAGAGCAAUCAAUUCGAAUUCGUGAACUUCCGAGCCUGGCUAGAACGCUGGUGAAGUCCAUUUUCGAAAUUAUCAGAUUCGGCGAACUGAAUUUCGAGUGUUUCUCGUGACGUCUGUACGCUUGCAAGCAGCGAGCUCAAUGAUAGCGUGCGAACGCCUCGAAGGUUGCUGGGUAAUCAUCAGCGAUCAGCAAGUCUGAAAACGUCGCUGUGAUAGACGCCAGCGAAGAUGAAGGCCUCACUAACAACAUACACGGAGCUGUCGGACCUCACGUCCUCUCUGGCGGAUGGCUCGCCGGAGGUUCAGCAAGCAACCGUGGACGCACUCAAGUCCAUCGCUGCAGUAAACCCCAAGCUCGUUCUGCUCUUCUGUUCAGAGUUGCUGCAGUCCGGCCAGAGCACCAGCCUGUGGUGGUCCCCCCCUCAGCUCCCCCAGCACCACAAGACCAACCUCUUCAAUGUCAUUGCAGCUGCCAUCUGCUCUCUUUCUCGCCAGCACUCUGCAGCUGCAGCAGCAGCAGCAGGCGGCUCAGCAGCAGCAGGUGCAGCAGCAACAGGAGGAGCAGCAGCAGGCGCGGGGGAGGUAGCAAGCACGGGUACAGCGGAAGGUGCAGGACUGAGGCUGGAUUCGGACAAGGGAGGGGUGUCAGAUCACAGCAUGCUGGUACAGAGCAUGAAGCUGGCGAUAGCAGAGAUGCAAGUGGCAGGGAGGUCAGGCACGGGCAGUGCUCAGGACAUUGGCUCGCCUCUGAACAUGGCUGUAGCAUCUGUGAUCACGGCUGUAGCAGCUGCGUCCACUCCAUUGGUUUUGGAGGAGGUUUUUCGUGCCCCACAGCCGCCACUGCACCUCAUUGCAGACGCGUUCGGACAGAUGGCAAAGAACCGACCUGCCGUGUUCCGUGCUGUGUGGCCCAGUAUUCUGAGGAAGAUCGUUCCCCAGCUGCUGACUGUCACCGAGAUGCACAAGCACGUCUUUGCCGAUGCCAUGAGCCACUGGUGCAGGGCAUUCACGCAUGGGCAAGGCAUGGCUAUUGUGCGGGCGUUUCAGGAGAAUGGAAGGAGGGAGGGAGGAAGGGGAAGAGAUAGGCAUGGUGCUUUGGGAGGAGGAGAGGAGGCAGGAGCAAGGGAGGCUAGAGGCGAGGUGAAUCCGGAGGGAGGGUCGGGCAUUUCUGUCGUGACACCAGCACCGUUGGAUUCGUUGAGAAAUAUUCCUUGGACGGUUGAAGACUGGGAAGAGACUGUGGCUCUCCUGCAGUCUGCAUUCGACCUUUUCCUGCAGCGAUGGCUCCUCUCUUCCUCCACACCGGCCCGCCUGGCCACGGCAAAGGCCAUGGCAGAGAUGGCGUUUCUGCUGCAGGAGAGCUACCUGCGCUCCACCCUCAGCGCCCUGCUGCCUGCCCUCCGCUCCCUAUACGGCAAGGAGCCCGAGGAGUAUCAGCACGUACUCAUUACAGAAAGCCUCAGUACUCUCUUGAGAGCUCUUCUUGGGGGCAGCCCUGACCCAGACGGUGCUUCCAACACAGAAUCUACCAGCAGCAGCAGCAGCAACAGCAGCAGCAGCAACAGCGGCGGCGGCGGCGGGGGUAACACAGAUUCUGGUCCAGUCUCUGUGGCAGGGGGGCAAGUUGAGCAGGUUUUACCAGUGCAGGUUUCAUCUGAUUUCCAGGGUGGUGUGGCUGGUCCUGGUGCUGCUAGUUCUGCUGGUGGUAAAGCUGGUGGUGGCGCAGCAAUGGCACUUGGACGACCAAAGCAUGGGCUCAACCCAAAGGUGUUGCUGCCCACUCUGGAGUUCCUGUUCGCCCUGACUGGCCACUACACCAGCCGACUGGGCUCCAACACUGCUGAUAUCCGCACCACCAUCACUGGCCUGAAUGCAGCCAUGCGGUGCACCAUGACCAUCACAGAGGCAUUCCCACAACAUGCAUGCGCUUUCGCCAUCCAGAGAGCAGCCCACAGGGGAGUGGAUGCACGCAUCAGGCAGGGGGCUCUUGUUCUUCUGCGCCGCAUUGUGACCAGCAUGCCGCAAGUGUGGGCGGGGAGCGAGGAGCAGUUCUGCCAGGGGGCGAUCUACAUCGUCCAAUCAGAAGAGGCCAUGGAGAGCGGGCAGGACACGUCAGCACAGGAUAUUUUCGCUCUGGGCUGGGGACAGGGCCACUCCUCCUUGAGUCACUCCUCAAGCCUCCCCACUAGUGAACCAUCUAGCCCUGCUGGGAUCACGGCUUGCCCAAGAGGGGGUGAGGGGGGAGGAGGGGUAGGGGGAGGAACAGGGGGGAGUGCGGGAGGGGCAGGAGGGGCCACGGGAGGAGGUGGUGGAGGAAUGGGAGGAGGGGCAGGAGGAGGGGCAGCAGCAGGGGUGUCGCCGAUAGAGGCGGUGAUUCUGAAGCCGGUGGACGCAGUGGAGGUGGAGUGGAGUGCCGCGUGUGCUUCGCUACUGGGGUCAGCUGUGAUCGUGCCCAGAAACGUGCCGUGUGACGAGACACGCAAGGAAAUCGUCCAGCUCAUCCUCGCCAUGGCAGCCACCAAUCAGCUGCUGCCAGCUCACCCAGUCCCCGCCUACCACCUCCUCUUCUUCCUCAUCUCCCAAGCCGGCCGCUCCUUCCGCCCCGCCCCCUCCUCCUCUCUCUCCUCCUCCUCUUCUGCCAUUGACGCCAGCAGCACCAGCAGCACCAGCAUCAGCAGUGGUGGAGGGGGGCCAACAGGAAGGGAGGCGAGGAGGAGGGCGGCAGGAGGUGGAGGGGAUGAGGGGUCUCUGUACCAGGUCUGCAGCAAGGGAUUGAGCAUCCUCGCUAAUACCGUCCACACUAUGGAUGAUGUGAUGCUGCUGGCGCUGCUAAGAUCGCUGGUCAAGUCAAGCCUCGACUGCAUCUUGCCACUGGUUCUGCAAUGCUUAUCCACUAUUAUAUCUCGAAAGUCACCUUCCGCUUCUCACUUGGAGGUAGGAGCGGACUCAGGAGUACAAGCAGCAGGAGAUGGAGCAGCAGCGGGAGAAGGAACGAGUGCGGGAGGAAUUGAGGGAGGGAGAGGAAUUAGUGAGAGAAGGGGCGAAGGGGACGCAGGAGAGGGAGGAGUUAGAGGAGGCACGGUGGGAACGAGCAUUGGUGUGGGGGAGAAGGAUGCGAGUGCAGAGAGGGAGAUCAGGGGGCUUUCGCAGUUUAAGCUGCCACCACUGGAGGAGCUUCUGCCACGGCUGCUCAUUCUGCUUGGUAGCGACAAGACUCUCACUGAUGGACAGCGAAGGACGAGGAUAUUUCAGGUGCUUGAGUUUGUUCGGCAAAGCACUCUUCCAUCCGCUAUUGGAGCCAUGGCCCUCGAUAUCCAGCAUAUGAAGCUCCUGGCUGAGCGUCCACGACACAGCGAUAGGGCUGGGAGUGGCAGCCAAUCAGAGUGCAGAAGAUCCGUGUGGCAGGAUGCCACAAUGAAGAUGUUGCUGAGAGCUGUUGAUACGGUGGGCAAUGCUGACUGGACAGCUCGGGUGUGCGACGGCUUUGCUGCCUUCUACUCGUGGCCAUGUCUCGAUGCGAGCCAGCACAUUCUGCUGCACAGAUGCAUGGGAGCGCUUGUCCAGCGGGCAUCAGACGCAGUCUUCAUUCAGCGUCGGGUGGCGCUCAUGUUUGACUCGGCUACCCUCUCGGAACCGCUCGACCGACAUGCUCUUGCGAUGGGGCUUGGCGCUGUGGCAUCUGCUCAUCUGGAUGUGGUUCUGGCCACCUUGGAGCAAGUCCUUGACACCUACUCAGUCUCCAAUCUGCAACGGAUAUACCAAUUCGUCAGAACCCUCGGCUCUCAAUCCGCCAUCUUCAUUCCUAAAUCCUCCUCCUCCUCCUCUUCCGCCCCCAAGCUCACUCUCCCGCCUCUCGAGCGCCUCUUCAAGAAGGAGACUGCCACGUCAGCAGCUGCUGACUUCCUGCGGGACCCGCUGAUGCAUGAUGACGUGUGCUCUGUGCUUGCGCUGACGUAUGGGUACACGGUGGCCUUCUCGGAAGCUUCUGUGGUGAAUGCACGGAUCACAACGCUGCUGGAGGCCAAUGUGUUCACACCUCUGGCAGCAGUGACAUCCCUCCCAGCAAGGAUGGCGGUUGUUCAAGCCAUUCACAUGCUCGCCUCUGCUGCUCUCACCACCGCGUCAGCACCACACUCAGCAACCCCAUCAGUCCCAUCUACAGUCCAUAAAGCACCUCAUCCUACUGUGCUUGCAACACCCGCCCAUCCAACCACAUUCACACUACAAACCACCUCUAUCCCUCUGAAGAGCCGCGACGACCUCAUCAGCUGCUGCCUGCUCUUCCUCCCUCCCAUCCCCUCCCCACCACCACUCACACCACCCCCCUCCUCUUCCUCUGCCUCCUCCUCUGCACCCACCUCCUCCUUUGCGUCAUACACGGCGUCUUCCUCCUUCUUUACAUCCCCUCUCCCUUCUUCUGUCCCCACCUCGCUCCCCGGACCAACAUCUAGCUCCUCAGCAGGCCCAGCCCGAGGCUCAAGCACAGGCUCGGGCCCAGGCUCGGGUCCAGGCUCGGCAACUGCUGGUGGUGGUGGUGGUGCACCGAGGUUUAUAAUGAGGGUCAGGGGGGCGGAUGGGGCAGCAGCUAGCGCAGUGGGAGAGGCAUCAUACACAUUGGGGGAGGAGGAAGUUGGGCUUCAGAUUGCAUGUGUGCGGGCGUGCACGCUCCUUAUUCGGUCACAUCCCAAGCUCACUUCGGCUGUUCGCAAGAGUGUGCAGGCGGUUACUCCCCUGCUGUGCAUUGACGACACACGGCUGGCUGGUCGUAUGAAAGGAGGCCUGGAUGGGUUGAGUGGAGGAUGGGGAGAAGGAAGAGGGGGAAGUGGUGGUGAGGGCGAGGGGGAUGGGGGUGGGAAGGGAAAGAGGAGAAAAGGGAGGAGGAAGCAGGUGGUUGGUCCGUUGGCAUUCAGCGUCAUAUCUCUGCUCUGUAGCGUGCUACAGAUGAGCAACAAGGACAGCAGGGAAGAGGAAGAGGAGCUCCAGCACAUCCUCUCUCUGCUCCGUCCCCUCCUCUCCCUCCUCCUCCCACCUCCUCCUCCCCAUCCCUCCUCCCAGCUACCCUCUGCCCUCAACCCCACCACUCUCCUUUCCUCCGCCUUCACCUCAUCCCCACCCAGUUCCGCCCCAACCAGUUCUUCCCUACCCAGCAGUAGUCAAGUGGGUAGCAAGCCCGGAAGCAACCCCAAUAGCAAGCCGAGUAGCAAGCCUAGCAGUAAGCCUGGCAGUCAACCUGGAAGCCCCGGACUCAGAGCAAGGGGCAAAUCGAACUUGGGAGGUGGAGCAGGCGGAUGGGAGAGAGGGGGAGUAGAAGGAAGCAGGGAGGACAGAGCGGAGAGAGGGGGAGAAGGGGAGGGAGACGCAGGAGAGGCGGUGGCAUCAGCGGUGGAGGUAGUGAUGGCAGCACAGCAGCGGGUGCUGACGGCGUAUCUGGCUGUCUGCGCCCAGUUCCAUACGUUGGCGCUUGUGGAACACCGGCUGCCAGACUGCUGUUGGGAAGACGUGUGCUCGUUCCUGGAGGCUAGCAGGGGUGGAUUGAGCCAUUUGGAAGCACAGGACGCUCGCUCUCACCCAUCGCGCCCAUCUCUCAACCUGGGCCACCACAUGGCUGUCAUCCUGCCCUUCUGUGCCAAUGCCGACCGCACACUGCAACUUCUCAGCUGCAAGGUGGUUCUUUUGCUCCUGACAACAGCUGUAUCCCUCUCCUCUCCACCUGAAAACCCACCUGAAAAUUCGCCUGGCAAUCCACCUGCAAGCACUGCCACUGAGCCCAACAGAUCGCCGCAGUCGCCAAGCCAUUCCCCCCCCGCCUCGCCGUCCGCCCUCCCUCUCUCCUCCCACCCUGCAACGCACCAAUCAGAGGGGACCACAGCAGCAGCCGCUGCUCCCCACUCUGAUUCCCUUUCAUCCCCUCAAGUUCAACCGACUCGGUUCGCAAGUGCCCCACCAGGGGGUACUUACCCUGUGCUCCUUGCUUCUCUGGAAGCAAAGAUCUCUGCAGCUGUGUCGAGUGAGGGCCCAUCUCAGGGAUCGGAGGAGGCAGAGGAGCAACGCGCGAUGCUGUUUGAUGCUGCUGUGGAGUGCAUUGCAAACAUACUCACAGCUGAGGAGGUGGCAGUGCUGCUGCUAGCAGCAGACGCCUUCCUCCACAUCACCUGCGCGGGCCACACCACCAGCACUUCUACCGACCAGGGGAAGAAAGAAAUUGAGGAGGGGGAGGGAGGAUUCGACCAUUCUCAGAGCCCUGAUUGUCAGUACGUGGGGAGCGUUGUGAGUCGGUGCAUGGAGGCAGUUCUCACCAUCGUCUCCCUCCGAGGCCACCAGCUGCUGCUGCAGGCAGAAUCUGAGCGGUCGUCAGUGCAGCAGCAACCACUGCAAGAGCUGCAGCCAUCCCAAGGCAUGAAGCAUCAUCCCAGUCCGAAACUGAAAACGCUCAGAUUAGGUCUGGGCUUGCAAGGCGUUGUUUCAACGGAAGUGGUGCAGCAGCAGCAGCAGCAGCCUGACUUGCAAGGUGGUGGUUUAUUGGAGCAGCAGCAGGAGCAGGGCUGUGCUGGGAGGAUCAUCGAUCGCAUUGUUGCAGCCUCCCUUGGUUGCCACUACCGCUCUGCCCGCCAGCCUGCCUUUGCUGCGGUGUGCUCGCUGGCGGCCUCCUGCAGCCCCUCGGCCCUGUUCCUCUGCGUGCUCCAACAUGUGGAGGAAGCCUCUGGGAAGCUGCCGGCCUUGGAAGAGCUUGUAGAGGAAAUAGCUCAACAUCCCUCACUUGGUCCUCAGCUUCUAGACCUGCUUCUCCCCAAGCUCAUCCCGGGCUUUAACCCUGUGGGCCUCGCUGACUUGCGGUCAACAGCACAGCCCUCAGUGCAGUCACACGCACAGUCACAUUCAGAGUCACAAGCAGGGUCACAAGCAGAGCAACAGGCGCAGGAACAAGCACAGCUGCAGUCUGCUGUUGGGUCGGUGCCGGCAGGAGGGACUGAGGCAGCAGUGCCAUCAGAAGCAGAGGUGGGGGAGGGGCAGGUUGGGUCGGUGUCUGCUGCUGCUCCAGCAGCAACGGAAGAGGCACAACUGGGGCAGGCUGCAGCUGAGGGUGCUGCUGCUGCUGCUGCUGCUGCUGAUGCUGCUGCUGCUGCUGUUGCUGCUACAGUUGUGGCAAGUGCGGGGAGUGCGGGGAGCGCAGGGAAGCCCUUCAUCUACUCCUCUGAGUCCAAAGCGGCCAUCCGGACUCUGGGGAUCAUGCUCAGGUCGUCAUCAGACGAUCUCAAGCUAGCAGCGCUCUCUCACUCCAUCCCCACCAUCUACAGUCUCAACCUGCUCCUGUGUGGUCUCGCCAUCGACACCCUUGCCUCGCACCCUGAGGCUGCUCUCUCCCCCAAUGGCCCCCUUAGCAAGCGAAUCAAUGAUGCCAUCAUAGCGCCAGACGGGGGGCUCUGGUCCAGCGACCCCUUCUUGCUGGUCUAUGGUGCUCUCCGUAGUGUUGCUCGCUUCUUCAGCCACCAACCCCUUAUUGAGAUUCUCGAGACCUUUUCACCCGACGAGGGGGAGAGUGAGCGAAAGGAGCAGGCAGGCGGGGCGGGAGGGGCCAAGGACAGCGAGCAGGGAGGCAGUGAGCUUGACACCAGUAUGGGGCAGCUGUUGGUGCUGUAUCGCUUGAUGCAAGCUCUUAUGGCGGCCACUUUGAAUGCGGGGGAGAGCUCGCACGGUGUGGAGGUGCUGUAUGUUGAGGCGUUUCUCACCCGAGCUGUGGAGUGCAACAGCGUUUACAAGUACAUCACAGAUGCUGCUCUUAUCUGCCAUGCAACGAGCGUGGAAGGGAGCGUGCACACAUCUGACCUGGAGGCAACAAUUGCAUGGCAGCUGGACCGUUUCCAGGAAGCUUCCUCUGCAGCUCGAGCCGUCAUCCUGCUUAUACUCUCUAAGCUGCCCCAGUCCACCGCCCCACCACCCCCCACCGUGCUGCAUCGAAUUCUCUCCGCCGCCUCUCUCUCCCUGCAAGACUCAAGCGCCAUGGUGUCGCUUGCUGCUACCAUCUGCAGCCAUCAGUGCCUCUCGCAGUGCAGCUUCCCAGCCCGUCAGCCACUGCCAGCUGUCACCAUCCUCCAAUCGGCGAGGGCUAUCUUGAAGAGCCGUGAUUCCACAGCCCAAGCAGCAGCAGCAUGGAUGGCAGGUGCCUUGGCCGCAUGCCUCUUGAACCACCAGCAGCAGCAGCAGCAGCAAAGCAGCAACGAUUCACCGCAGCAGAGUGAGGAGAGUGGGAGCACAGGAGCUCACACAUACAUCACAUCUGAGCCUUGCUCGGCUGAAGAGCCAUUACCCUCUGUUGAAGAUCUCAAACCCGAGGUUCGGGAGACAAUGGCAGCCAUGUGGUUCCUCUCAGACCAACAACCGGAUCGAGUCACGCAUGCGUGCAAGGCGUGCUCGUAUCGCCUGGGUCAGCUACUGUUGCCCAAUCAAGGCGCUGAAUUUACCCACCAACUAGCCACGAGCUCCCCUCUCUUCUCACACAGCUUCUAUCAGUAUCUGUCGCACGACUUGGUGUCGAAUUUCGACACGUACACUGGAUUUGCACUGGAGGCACUCUCCAACCCCUCAGACUCCGUUAAAAUCACAGCAAUAGCUUUUUUCACUGGCCUCAUUCGAUUCGUCGCGGAAAAUAGAUCAUCACUUGGGAAGGCUGUAUCAGAUCCCACAACAAGUAGUGCAUCCGGCUCCUGCCUUCAAGCUACAAGCCCCUUGCCUUCCACUGCUUCGUUUGCCAUCCCUGUGGCUCUCACUAAAGCGCUUUCUCAACUACUAAAGAAGUCUCCAAAUGCGGCGCUUAGAUCAGUGGCAGCAUCGUCAUUAGGAGAGAUCCUCCGCUUGUCAUUGAAGAAAGAGAAGGCAAGUGCCUAAUGGCGAGUUUUAGAACGCCUAGAACUUGCGGUUUGGUAGUCACGAAAGGAUGGGGUAGAAACAUGAGUUGCAUUCAGGUUCCUUAGGAGUGGAAAUCUUAUGAUUUGUGUGCAUCCUAACAUACUAUCCGAAUGGAAACUUAC